GGUUUAGGACGCAGGUACUUCCGGCCUAAACGCGCUCCUCUGUACGCAGCUACGCCACCUUCGCAAGGUUUUGCUGAAGAGAAGGAACCUACAAAGAAGAAGAAGAAGAAGAAGAAGAUGGCAUUGAUGAAUAGGUCGCCCUACUUCUCUCUCUUACCCAAAGCCCUUGCCUUCGUCCCUUGCUGUCGUCCGGCCGAUGCUGCCCUUUUUCUCGCAGCCCAUUCUUACUCCGCCGCCUCCGGUGCUCCACAGAGCAGCUUUAUGGCUGAAUACCUGGUCAGCACCUGUGGCUUCGAUCCUGAUCAGGCGGCCAAGGCCUCGAAGCUCCUCGGCCGCGUCGAAUCCCGCCACCAGCCUGACUCCGUCCUUGGCUUCUUUAAAAGCUACGGUUUUGACAACACCCAGGUGAAAAAGGUCAUAUCUGCAAACCCCCGGUCUCUUCUCCUCGACGUGGAGAGGACCCUGGCCCCAAAGUUUCGAGCUUUGCAGGAUCUGGGCUUCUCCUGCUCCGACAUCACCCACCUCGUCGGAUCGAAUAAACACAUCAUCAGCCAGCAAACCCAGACCAUCGUGUCCAAGAUCCAAUUAUUGCAAGGCCUCCUCGGGUCCAACGACUUUUUGGUGAAGUUGUUCAAGAAGAACAGGUGGUUUCUCGGGUUUAGCGCCGAGAAGAGGAUCCAGCCUAACAUUGAGAUUCUAAGGGAUUGCGGGAUCACGGGUCAGAAGCUCUCAACGAUCCUACGGCGCCACCCCCGCCUCAUAAUCCAGAAGGCUGAAGUCCUGAAGGCGUUAGUCAGGGAUGACGAGAAUUUGGGAGUAGCUUGUGCCUCGGGGACGUCCAUCCAGACUCUCAAGGUGCUCCACAGCGUCAGCAAGAAGAAUUUCACGGCUCACUUGGAGUUCUUCAAGGGCUUUGGGUGGUCCGAGGAUGAUUUCCUUGCUGCAUUCAGAAAGGCUCCUACGCUUGUGGCAGUUUCUUUAAAGAGUUUGCAGAGGAAGAUGGAGUUCUUGGUAAAUGAAGCUGGAUGUUCUCCAUCUUAUCUUGCACUUCGGCCAUUUUUUUUGUUGAUGAGUUUGGAGAAAAAGUUGAUGCCAAGGCAUCGGAUCGUGACAGGCCUGAAGUCUAGGGGAGUUUGCAUCAGUAACCUUAGUAUGGCUACAUACAUGAUAUAUCCAGAGAAGAAAUUUCUGGAGAAGUUCGUCAACUGCUACAAGGAGUAUCCAGAACUCAUUGAGUUGUAUAAUGUAGCCCCCAAAAACAGAACUGCACUUUGAUCGUGGAAAUGCAUAAUGCAUAUCAUAAGCUUUUGCACCAGCAAGUAUUCAUACAUUAUUGGCCUUGGUGAAUUAACAGCAGUGUCUCUGGCAGGUAGGCACUUGGUCAAAUUAAACUGAAGCACUGCUUACACUUGUUGAGUUAUCGGGAUCAAGAGAAGUUUUAGAUGACUUGCACCCUGACGCAUGUAGAGAUGUUUUCCUGACAAAGGCUUGACUCGUUAUCAGGGAAGAAUUAUACAUGUACUUUCCUGCCUCAGAACUAGUUGCUGGAUAGGGUUACGUUCUUUCAGUAGGAAAAGACUGAUGCUCUUUGCAAGGCUUGAUAAUUUUUAUUUAUGGGGGAUUUUGUCUCUAAAAGGACUGAGAUCCUUUCAACUUGUGGAACUAUAUAUGUUCUAGGUUUUUUAUGCGCUCUAAAAUUGCUUGCUAAACAAGAAGAUCAAUUUAUUUUUUCUCGUUAUUAUCA